AUGGGUCCUCAGUGUAAUCGCUGUUUCCAGCCGCUGCACAGGAAGUCAUCCUUCAUCCUGACCAGCUUCGGGUACUUCGACUUCUGCCUCCUCAAAGGUAAAAAGAAUGAAUCUGUGAUCUGUGAAGAUCCUUGUCAAACAGUUUUACUCUCAAAACAUAUUUCAGAAUUUCAAGAAAAACACAGGAGGAAGUUAGUGGCUUUCUAUCGAGAAAAGAUUUCUCAGUUGGAGGAGUCCCUCAGAAAGUUAGUACUACAAAUCUAGCAACUACAAAGUAUGAGAUCAUCAUAACAACCAGCUUUCAACACAAUCAAAAAUUCAGUUUCAACAAGGCCAAAUGAAUAUCUCUUUCUACCUCCCAACUCUUCACUCCCUGACAGAAUAGAGUCAAUUGACCUGACUCCUCCAACAAGAAAGCCUGAGAUGGCAGCAGGCCCUUCAACGAUCUCUCUGAUUAGUCCACCUCAGGCUGGAUGUAUAGGCAGUAUCUCCUGCCGGGGACCCCAGCAUCUCAGCUUGACCCCCAGCCCUGCAAGCAUGAAAAAGGCUAUCAGAAUCCCAUCUGGGAUAUAG